CUACAGCAUUCAUGCAGUAUGGGCUCAGACUUGAUGGAUAUUGGGGAAAACAAGAGGCUGACCCCAGUGUUGAUGGCUACAGAUAACUGGCAAAGGCAGAAGGGAGGAAGGAGGGCAGGAUGCUGGGCUCUGCAGGUGACAUUCAGUAUUCCUCAGACUGAAAGAAAUGCACUCCUCCCUCCCCUGCAGCAUCCUGUGUCAGCUCACAGCCACCACCUGUGGAGCUUCGGUGUUUUUCAACCUGCUGCUUUGCUGACUAACACCUCUGCUUUCUGCCUGGCUCAUUCAUAUUUUAGCUUGUUUCCUGAGCUUUGAGGUGGUUUCUUCUAUUGCUUUCCUUUCCAGCAGAGCACUGUUACUCAUGUCUCAGCUGUUCUCCUGCCAUUUUUCACUUAUUGUAAUGUAUGAUUAUCUUCCUACUAAAUGUCACCAGCCAGUAAUGGUGCCUUUGACUCUAAAGUUAUGCCAUGUCUGUAUCUUUGACGCUGCUGGGGAUAUUGGUUUAAUUCUGUUAUGACAGGAAGAAAGUACAGAGGUAGUACUGUUUCUGUGGAGUUUUUUCUCUUUUUCGUCAAAUCAUGAACCUGAUAACUCUGAGCAUGACUGGUUUUAUAUUCUAGAGAAAGGAACUGUCAGUUCUGAAUGUUGCUUUUUCAAUGAUUUAUCUUGCUGAUAAAUACGUAAUGAUGUUGUCCUUCUUCCAGUGAUGGCAAAAUGGUUUUGGGUCAUGAAUAACAGAAUCUACCAAGCCUUCCCUUGUGUGCCCUUCACACUUGCUUCUUGGUGAAUAUUACCACUGCAGACUAGGCUGAAAUUACACUUUUUAUGAGUUAAAUUUGAGGAAAACAGGCCUUUUGAUGCAAUAUGUUUAAAUUUAUAAAGCCUUUGGCCUUACAGUUCUACCAGUGUUCCUGUUUUUAAAAUUAGCUCUGUAAUAUCAAAUGCAUAUUAUUGCAUGGUUUAAAAGUACUGUGGCUUGUGACUGCCAGACUAUCACUCGUUGGAGUGAUCACACAUGCUGCUCUUUCCCUCCCUCCUGCACAAAUAACAAUAUUGGCACACAUUGGAGAGUCCUGUGUAAUCAGGGGGCAAAAGCUACACCACUGUCCUGGUGUGCUAUCCUCAUAACAGAAAGAUAUUACUAAGAGCCUGGGAAAUUUCUGACUUAGCCACUCAGCCUCAUUAACCCUGCACUGUCCCACACUGCACCCAAGAGAGGUGGCAAUCUCCACAACCCACAGGCACCAGCAGCUGAGACAAGUCUUUUCUAGAAGCUUGGGCCUGACAUUGUGCCUGUAAGUGAUCCACAAAGCCUGCAGAAGGGAGAGCUGGUCUUUCACAGAGGCUGCUCCAAACACAGUGAGGAGCAGCUUCUGGGUUAAGUCAUGUGACCUUCUCCAUGCAUGUUCUAACAGUGUACAACCAGCUCAGUUACCAGCAACUACCUGGCAAGCAUGGUCAAGAGCCACCUGCCCUGACCUGAACAUUCCAAAACAUCUGUUUUUCAAAGAGUGAGUCAGAGGUAUGGAGGGCUUAACAUGGAGCUCCCUCAUCCUGCACCCUGCUGCUUUGUGCCAACUUCACUGCUGCAGUCUUCUUGGGUUAUUACAGCUCCUUGUUCUUGCUCCUAGCUCCUCCUACCUCCACACUGUGUUGUGUGUGCCAAAUCCCUCCAUAGUGCUGCUCAUUUCCCUCUUGUCCAAGAAUACAGUGAGUGUGCAUGGGUUCCUUGAAGCCCCUUUAAAGGCAUGAUAAGUGAGUUGAUGGACCCUCCCUCAGUGUCAACCUUGCAAUCUAGAGACCUGGCCCAGACACAGGUCACAGGCCCUCACCUUGUAGGAGCCAGGUGACCUCCCUGCCUGUGAUCUAAGGACUGGUGCUCUUGCCCUGAUCCUGGGACCAUUUUGGGAAUGGAUGGAAGCAGAACACAGUGGUAUUUGACUGUCUCCAAUGUGGCACAUGCUGUACUAUGUAGUUUGGAUUAGCCCUUUAAUACCUUGACACUGAUGCCUCCUCACUGCACAAGUCUAAGCCCCACUAUGACCUUUUAAAUAUGAGGCUUGUGAGUUUUUAUCAGUUCUCCCACCCUUUUCUCACGUAAGAAAGCAGAGCAGUACAGUAAUAAAUGUUGUGUGGGUGUUUGGACAUGAAUUCAUCACCUCCUCUCACCACAUCCUUCUGUUGGCACAGUAAUACUGAUACAGUGGUGACGUCAAUCUCCACUUAUCGCUGUGUAUUCCAAUACACCACGGCCCUUGGUUGUGCACAAGUAGGCUUUGCUCUUACUCUGUGCUAAGGAGAUCCACCUGCUCCUCAGCUCCCCAGGUGGGGUUUGCAAUUGCAGUAAUGAUUUAGCCAGGCUGGUCAUGGAAGUGUUGGAGGGCUGAGAUGUACAGAACAGGGCAGGACAUCCAGUGAGAACUACCAUGAAGAACAAACUGUGGCUCCAGAAUAUUUUCUUCUGCCUUUUAUUUCAGUACACUAUGUGUUGUGAAAACCUCACUUGUUUUGUGGACUAUGUACAGACCCUGUCCUGUAUCCUGCGAGAUGAGCUGGGUGCCGGUUCAUACAAUGUCACUGCUACAUGGGUUCCUGGGGAAGAUACAGAAAAUACUGUGGCUGCCUGCACUCUCAUGCAAUUGUCAAGAAACACCAGUCACAUCCAGUACAUGUGCACUGUGGAUAUGACUGAACUCCUGGCAGAUACCAAAGUCCAGGUGGAUGUUAUAGAGGUAGCUGAUAGGCAGCCCGUGCUUUCCAAAGACUUUUAUUUGUCAGACAACAUAAAACCACAGCCUCCAUUCAACCUGACCGCUUUGUUCUCAGAGGGUUACAAUAUUUCUUGGGAAACUAUCUACCAGAACUCUUCCUUCUACUUUUUGAAUGAGGAGCUGGAAUAUCAGCUGCGUUACAAAAGAAUAACUGACACCUGGGAGAUUCAGAAGACCAAAGCUGUUCACGAAGAUAAACGGACAUUGGUGAUCCUGCCAUGGGAACUACAGGAGAACACUGAGUACGAGUUCCAAGUGAGAGCUAGACCCCGUGAAGACAGUGGCUAUGGUGGUUUUUGGAGUGAAUGGAGUUCUCCACUGUCACUGAAAACCAGCCCUGCCGCAGCGACACAGAGAGCAGGCAUGGAAUGGCUGUUGCUGUUUGCUAUUGUCGUGGCAAUCAUGGCCUCAAUCACAACAUUUCUGGCCAAACAGCAGAGCUUGUGGAAGAAGAUGGCUUGCAUCCCAGACCCUGCUCCCUUUUUCAAACCUCUUUACAUGGCUCAUAAUGGAGAUUUUAAGAAGUGGGUUGGUGCAUCCCAUAUGAAAAUGACCUUUGAUUUCUUUGAAUGGGGAAUAGUCCUUCCAGAAGUCCUAGAAGUUUACACCAUGCAUCCUUCCAACAGCCCCCCACAGGAAGAGCUGUGUGAGCUAAGAAAGAAUCUGCCUUGCAAGCCCUGUGUGUCUUGCCUGACUGCCCCAAGUCAUGGUAGCCAGUCACUGUGGUGCAGUGUGAACAGUAGUGGUGGGACUGAGGACCAGUCAUAUGGGCACUUGUCAAUUGAUACAGUGACUGUGGCUGAUGAAUUUACAUCUUGUGACUGCCAGUGCAGCUGUAACCAUGUGUACAGGGAACAUGACCAUACCAACAAAGAAGAUGAUAGUGCUGGAGAACCUGGUUACCCCAAGGUUAACCUUGAUGAGGAAGACAGAAAAAUAUCCAGUGACUUGCAUUUGGCUGAUCUGAGUACACAGGACAAAAUACUUGCUUCAGGCUCUGUGUCCACAGACCACUUGAGGAGCACAAGUGUCCCAGUCAACCAGCAAGGAGAAAGGGGAGUGGAAGGAGGGGUGGGAAGCAUCCUAGAAGCCCUUUCCUUGCAGCCUUAUCAGUGGGAUUUGGAAAAUCCAGGUUCCCUACCUUCCCCUGAUGGUGAAAGUGUUUCCUACAGUGAAGGCUCCUAUGACUUCUUCCCUCACAAUACAAAGCCUGGUGACAGUUAUCCUUUGAUCUGUGUAGAUUUGGACACUAUUGACAGUGGCUUUAUGGACUCAGACUGUGGAAGUCCAGUUGACUCUGAAUUUGGGCAAAACAGUCAGACCAUUUGUGGGCCCAUCUCUCUUGAGCAGGAGGGGCAAGACUUUACACGGAGCUACGUCAAGCAGUGGGUCUCCUGUCGCUCUGAGAGCCCUAUCAGUGGAACACAGACAAACUAGGGACUGGAUGAGUGUGGAGCCUUUUCCAUAGUGUGCCAGGAGCAAACUGCUAGCAAAAUUCAGAAGAGAAACAAAGUUUACUUUGUGUAAGCUAUAUUGCAUAAACUGACACCUGUUAGGUCCACAGAAGUAUGCCUGUUUCUAUUCCCACUUAUCCUAUUAAUGUCUCAAAUGUGUUGUGAUUGUUUCUGAGUUUUGUUGGGUUUUGUUUUUUUUUAGAAUCAUAGAUCAACCCUCCUUUGAUGGUAGAAAAAUAUCAGAAAAAAACAACUGUACUUUGAAAAUUAUCCUUUAUUAUCCUUAUAGGUAUGCAAAAUUUUUUGCAUUAACCUUAUAAAGAGUACAGAACUUUAAGUUAUUUUCCCUGGUAUUCUCACUUGAAUUAAGAGUUUGGCUGCACAUGGAACCUUAGAAUCAUAACCCACACAUGCUUGCUAUGUUAAAAUUUCCCUACCUUUCCAAACAACAUGUGAUGUUACUUUUCCUUCUACUACCUUUGGCUCUUUAAAUUCAGCUGUAGUAGUCUGUUAAUUACAGAGGACUCCAUAUUUGUCCAUGGGGAUCAAAACUAAUUCUUAUGAAAUUAUUGCAGAAAUGCAUGUACUAGAGACUAAGCACAACUCAGGUUUCAGAAAGACUUUCCAGGUGGAGUCUGCAAAUGAAAAUACUUCAAAAUAUAUAUCAUUCUAAACAAACUCUCACCGCUAGGCUUUUCUAUUGAGUCAGACUCUCUCCCUGCACUUUUCAAGCAUUUUAAUUGACCAGCUUUUAGAAUUUUGCCAAAAUUAUCGAAACAUUGUCCUACCUGGAUAUGCCUGCCACUUCUGCCUUGGACU